CUCAACUCAACUUCGGGGAAAACGAAACCACCAGGGAAAGGAAGCACCACUGAGGCUCCGUUAUCCAGGGAUCGGCAUCCUCACGCCGCCUGCUCCGCUCCGGCACCAUGAACCCCAACUCCCAGCGAAGCUUCGUCUUCCCAAUCCCCCGCGCCGGAGUGUCCCCAUCCUAUGAGGUGCUCAGGGAGGAACACAUUGUUCCUGUGCUGGGGGGUCCCCAGAGCUCGACGGCAGCGGGGACGACGGUGGUCAACAUCCAUGCUGACACCGUGGUGCCGGAUCACAUCGUCUGGUCGCUGUUCAACACCCUCUUCUUCAACCCCUGCUGCCUGGGGUUCGUGGCGUUUGCCUACUCUGUGAAGUCUAGGGACCGGAAGAUGGUGGGAGACGUGAUUGGGGCCCAGAGCCAUGCGUCCACCGCCAAGUGCCUGAACUCCGUGGCCCUGGUCUUGGGCCUCCUUGUCAUAGUUGCGGGCAUCAUCACGGUCGUCGUAUUUUACACCUCUGCACUGAAUCACGGCUAGGGGAGCUCCUUUCACCUGCCCCAAGACUGAGGCCCUCCCCCUUUCCCAGCUGCUCCACGCACAUGUGCACAAUGGAGUUAAAUAAAGCACAUGUUUAUGACAA